AUGGGUGUUUGUUCAUCUAAAGAGCCACAGGCACCAGCCACGCAAACAACGGCCACUGCAGCCAAAAGAACACAACAGCAACAAAAAUUACAAGCCAAUGGUGACGCCAUUUCACCUCCAUCAGCGCUAAAACAGCAGAACGGAUCGCAAGAGUCCUCCAGAGAAGAGUCUUCGUCGAAGGAGCAAGAGAAACAAAGUGUGGAGUCGCCCGAAAUGCUGCAAACAUCCGACAAGGAACUGAAAGUGCUUUUGCUCGGCUCAGGUGAGAGCGGAAAGUCCACAAUUGUCAAGCAGAUGAAGAUUUUGCAUAAGAAUGGCUUUUCCGAGUCCGAAGCCUACGAGUACAAACCAUUCGUGUACAAAAACGUGUUAGAUUGUGUCAAAAACGUCAUUAACGCUAUCAUUGACCUACAGCCGGACUUGAUUGCGCCUGAAGGCAGCCAGCCAGAAGCCAAUGGUCAGGAACCUGGCGAGAGAAAGCAUAUCUUGAACUAUGAUGACUUGAAUGCCAUGUUGGACUACGAGUUGUCUGUGAGCACAGAAGAGGCCUUCAGCCCUAGCAUAGCCCAGAAGAUCAAAGACUUGUACAAUUUGCCAGAGGUGAAGGAGUUCAUCAAGCUUAAGCAAGGAGACUUUUACCUUAUUGACUCAACCCAUUACUUCCUUUCUGAAAUUGAUCGGAUUGCCGCUCCCGACUACAUCCCAUCUCAGUCGGAUAUCUUGCGGACGAGAAAAAAGACCUCGGGAAUAUUUGAUUUCCGCUUCCAAAUGGGAGGCUUGAAUAUCCACAUGUUCGACGUGGGCGGACAGAGAUCCGAGAGAAAGAAAUGGAUUCAUUGCUUCGACAAUGUGACACUUAUUAUUUUCUGUGUGGCGCUUUCCGAAUACGACCAGGUGUUGUUAGAGGAAAACUCUCAGAACCGCUUGGAGGAGUCUUUGACUCUUUUCGAUUCGGUGGUGAACUCCAGAUGGUUUUCGAGAACUUCGGUGGUGUUGUUUUUGAAUAAAAUCGAUGUGUUUGCCAGCAAAUUGCCCUACUCGCCUCUUGAAAGACACUUCCCCGAUUACAAUGGUGGAGACAAUAUAAACAAAGCGGUCAAGUAUAUUUUGUGGAGAUUUACACAGGUGAACAGAUCAGGUUUGAAUAUUUAUCCCCAUGUGACCCAGGCUACUGACACUUCUAAUAUUCAAUUAGUCUUUGCUGCAGUAAAAGAGACCAUCUUGGAGAAUUCGUUGAGAGAUAGUGGUAUUUUGUGA